AUGGCAUCCCAAUCGCAGCCACAAGAGACAAAAACCCUUCCCAUCAAAAUCUUGUUCGACAAACAAACCAACAAAGUUGUCGCAGUUGAAGCAACCAACGACUUCGUCGACACGCUCUUCAGUUUUCUGUCCCUUCCACUCGGCACCAUCACUCGCCUUGUCGCCGCCACAACCACCACCACAGCCACCUCGAGCAGCGACGGCAACAACGAUCAACAGCCCCCAGAACCACCGUUCCUUAACAGCAUCAACAAUCUCUACCAAAGCGUCCAGAAUCUCUCCCCUAACGAUGUAUGGAACCCUGUCUGCAAGCAGAUGCUGCUGCGUCCCCGGAACCCCUGUGAAGCGCUUUGCUCGAAGCUGGUUUUGAAUGUUGAUGACACAGAACCCGCAACAAAGGUUUAUGUGUGCGCUUCCUGUGACAAGUUUACUACUUUUCCUAAUCUGGUUUGUACCUGUGGAAAACCCGUUAGAGAACCCAAGAAUUUGGAUUCCGAGGGUAGCGUGGAAGUCAAAGGUGGAGUGUUUGUGAAAGGGACUGAGUCAUCUUUUCUGGUCUUUGAUGAUUUGAAGAUUGUGCCUAGUUCUUUUGUGAGCUUCAUGCCGCUGCUGGUGCAAAUGGGGUAUUCAGACUUGACUCAACUAGAGGAAAUCACACAGAAUAUUGGCAUGCAAGAGAUAUUGAAGAUCCUCAUGUACACCUUAACCUCUCGUGAGCCUCUGACAAAUGCAAUUUUGGGAAGUGACUCCAAGAAGAAAGACAACCCUCAAAACCUGUUUGCAUCAGCAGUUAGGGCAAGGGCUAACAUUGGUGACAGUAAAAUGGAUGUUAAGGUAGUGCGAAGUAAAUCUCAGAACAAGAUAAUCUUUGCUGAAGCCAAUGCAGAUUUUGUUGACUUCAUUUUUAGCCUCCUUACCAUACCAUUGGGGUCCAUUGUAAAGCUUUUGGGUGGUGAGUGGUCAAUCUUUUGUUGGAUGUGUUGAUAAUUUGUAUAAGAGCGUGGAG